AGCUGGGGUAAGUAAGGGAAAUCAGAUACAUAAGUGGAGUGGAGAUGGACUGGGCUGCCAUGGUUGAGGAUGCACGAAAGACACCAGAGUUGCAGACGGUCGGAAAAGGGAACCAGCUUCUGACAAGAUCAUUGUGUAAGAGCGAGAGACCGUGUGGUGUCAGAGUAAAUGGAGCUAAGAAAGAGCAAACACACCCGGACAUUAUUCACCAGCCAGCCAAGGAAUUGGAGAAGGAUGUGUGGAUGGAGCCAUGGGAAUGGACGGUCAAACUUUCGGACACAACGCCAUCCCUGAAAGCGGACAAGUCAAAGCAAGAAUUGCACCGGCGAUGCCCGCUAGAAGCACCCAAGAAAAAAAAUUAA